AUGUUGCCCAUUUGCAGAUAUAAAGAAUCUGAUCUCCGCGUUGCGCGAAGCUGGCGUGGAGACUCCCGACUGCGCAACGCGAAGACACCAGUCUCCACGCACUCGGAGACCCCUCCGCCUUGCGCUGUGGUUCAAUCUCAUUCCACUUGUCCUCUUUGUCGAGACCUUUUUAGGAAUGAAAAUGAAUCUGCAUCGAAUCCUAGUUGUCCUGAACAGACUGAUAGUCAUCAAGGCAUUGCAAUUGCUGCUCCGUUUCAACCCACUAGCUCGUCAUCAUUGGCAUCGACAAGUAAUAAGCCAGACGGAAUGCUUGUGAUUGACAUUUCAAGACAGGUUAACGAAGAGGAAGAUGAAAAAUUGCAUGUCCCUUCGCAUUUGAGGUCGUUGAAAAGGCUUUUGAGUGGUAAUAUAAAGUUCAACCCUUGA